CUGCCCAGACACCGUAUGCAUCAUUUGUCUGGGCAGAGCGGUAAUCAGGGAAUGCAGCGAAUCCGCGGGGAGGAAUCAUGAUGAUCCGGCCGACCUCAUCCUCAUACCACAAACGGUGUACCUGCACUGACCCCUCUCGAUCUUCUGUCCAAGUUUUGGCAAGCCAGACGCAGCAGCUCGAGCAGACAAACGAACGGCCCAGCCCCUUCAGGAUCCCGGUCAAGAUCAGCCGCGGCAGGCACAGUGACGUCGAUUCGAUAUGCAAACAGCGCUGGAGUUGCGGGAUUUGAACGUCGAACGUCAAGAUGGGGAGUGCUAUCUGCGGCCGUGGGAGCCAUCUGCACCACCGUGUGAGCCGUUGUUGAAUUGAUUCGUGCUUC